CGCAGACGCAGACGCAGUGCUCGUCUCCCGACGCUUUAUCCUCCAUUUCACUACCUUGCUGUAUCUUUAUCAACUCUCAUACCCUCCUCUUUGUACCACCCCGCCAUUCGACAUGUCGCACAAGGCGUCAGUACCAACCCACCUCGUCGCCCUCCCCAGCGUCUCCGCCUCCCUCUCUUCAUUACCACAAGUCAAGUCCAUGGCCAACGUGUCGAUACACACUCCAUCCCAUCUAUCCGCACAUGCAGCAGAGAGCGAAGCCAAGCUCAAAAAAGCAUUAUCGAAGAACUCGGCCAAUCUGCCUUCUUCGCAGUCAAUACACUACGGUGCCAUCCCAUCGACACCAUCGAAUUCAUCACAACCCCUCAUGAUGAGAAAACCUGUUAGAACAAAAUAGUGGGCCUUCGGGUCUACUAAACGCGCUCGCUCUUCGCUUCAUUCUAGACGUUCAUCCUCUCAUUCUUCGCUGGUCUAUUUGGGCAUGGGACUUUGCCGUGCAUCUUCGAUUUUUUUCUUCUCUUUCUGUCCACUCCAUGAUAUUGUCUUUCGAUCGCUAGCUGUCCCUCGUUCUCGGUUCCUCUGCUCUCUGCCCGCUCGCACUUAGACGUCUCUUCUCUCUGGCUCGUCUCUGGUUCUCGUCGUCGCACAUCUCUCUCACUGUCUUCGUUGCAUUCAUUCCCCUACACAUAUCUCCUCACUGCUGCUACCCCUCUCACCCACCCUCUUGCACAUACAUACAUACAUAAGGGUACAUACAUACCAACACGACGUGAACAUCGCACAUACUUACUUACCUACUUA